AUGAGCGACGAACAAGGCAAAGACCAAUCGGCAUUGCCGCAAGACCACCACACCAACGGCGGACCCAAAAAGUACAGAAAUAACUCCAAUAAUCACCACAUUCCUCACCACAUGCCGCAAAACCACCCACUGAAUCACCAUCAAAACUCUCCCAACUCUCGCCCCUACCGCAAGGGAAGUUACAACAAGGUGAACCAGUACUACAACUACCCUCCAAACAUGUACUACGGCUACUAUCCUUAUGGAUAUCCGCAAAUGGUGCCUGGAAUGCAACCCAUGCAGUACCAGCAAUUGCCUCCCGGAGCUCCACCAUCAUCUUCUGGUACUCCUGGUACUCCUGGAACUCCUGGAACUCCCGCAUCCAUUCCUGGAUCUGCUCCAGGGUCUCAUCCAGGCUCGGUUCCUGGAUCUCAUCCUGGUUCGGUGCCUCCAACCGCACCUGUAAUUGCUCCAGUUCCGGGCAGUGGAAGUAUGUCUCCGUAUGGAAACAAGGUGAAAAUCACCACCAAGGAUGGCAAGCAAGUUGAUUUGGAAAAGAAAUUGGGAUCCUCUACUUCUGGAACCUCGUCGGCUUCAGUGACCCCAGUUGCUUCGCCAGCAGCAUCGGCGGCUAGUGUUCACAAACCUGCACCCGUUCCUUCAACGCCUGCUGCUUCGACUUCCUCUGGUGCUACUCCACCAGCCUCUUCAAGCUCAGCUCCAGCUCCAGCAUCUGCUGCCUCGUCUCCGGCCAAGCUGUCGAUUGCCGAGGAAUUCAGACGCAAGAUUCUCGAGCGGGCUCAGGCCGCUCAGAAGGAGAAGGAAUUGAAGGAGAAGGAAAAGGAAAAGCCCGAGACCACCACUAAUACGCCAGUUGAGUCCGAGCCAAAGGAGCCAAAAGAAGUGAAAGAAACUGUUAAAGAAGAUGUUAAAGAAGAUGUUAAAGAAGCUAAGGAUGUCACUGAACCUGUCAAGGAUUCUGAACCUGUUUCGGUCAAGGCAGAAGUGCCAGAAGUUGAAGCUCCUGUCUCUGAGAAGUCAGCAACUUUCCAAGUUGAAGAGCCUGAACAAGUUCAGCAAAUUUCUGAAAAAGCUGUGGAAGAGGCUGAACAAGCCACUCCUGCCGUACCUGUUCCUUUCAGCUCUGAAGGAGAAUGUGAGUGA